AUGUUGCAUCGCUAUUUGAACCUGUUACCAUCAAGUGCGUUCCAAUUGCUUUGCCUUAUCGGAAUGGUUCUGUCGUUCACUACUGCUUGCAUCCAACGGAGCAGGAAUGCCGUCACCUACUUCUUACUGUAUUUACUCUACUUGAACGCGCAAAAGGCUGGCGGUAUUUUUCUCUGGUAUCAAUGGGAUACGUUGCUGUUGGAGUCGGGUUUCCUCAUGGCUCUCCUUGCGGCGUUCUCUGAUUCUCCACUGGACUCGAUUGCAAUAUUUCUCAUCAAUUGGCUAAUGUGUCGUCUGAUGUUUGCGUCGGGAGUAGUAAAACUGCAGAGUGGUUGUCCAGCAUGGUGGGGGUUGUCAGCAUUGGAUAUUCACUACGAGUCUCAGUGUGUGCCCACUCCAGUUGCGUGGUAUUUCCAUCACAUGCCACGAUGGUUCAGAAGGCUAUCAACUUCAUUAACAUUUUAUAUCGAGAUAUACCUUCCACUUGCCUUUCUUUUGCCUCUCUCAUGUUUGAGGAAGUUUGUGUUCUGUCAACAGGUAGUUUGCCUGACAUACAUAAUACUAUUGUAUUACUCGUCGUUGAGCUAC